UUCGAGAUCACUGUUGAGGAACUGGCCAGUGAUGAAAUUACUGCUCUCAGAUCAGCUUAGGUUAGGAUGGUCUCCAACUUGGUCCAAACUUCACCAAAUGAUCUGACAAGAAUGCCAUGACUUGUACCAUUGUGUCAGAGUUUUGUUUUGAAAAGCAUAAUGGCACAUUUGAUGGCAAGAAGAAAGAAUGUGUACAGAUUUUGCCCAAGAUGUUGGAUGAUUGCCCAUUCUUGUUCGUGCAUCAAUAUUUUGGAUGGAAUAUACCCUUUUGUCGCCGAAAGCAACAGUAUUUUGGACCUCGAGGAAUUGGAAUCUGUUCCUGACAACAACGACGGUGAAGAAGUACAACCAGGCACAGACCUUGACCUUGUGGCGCCACUCUGCGAAAAGAGUCACCAGCACGACGAAUUCAUUCCGGUCAAUGACUUCUUUUACAGCUACCUGCCCGAGGCCCUCCGGCAUCCAUCAUUCUACGUGUGGCUAUGGAACUGCAUUCCCCUCGUGGUUCGCAUUUUAGGACAGAGGCGGGCCACAGGUCGGGUGUUCCUCAUCUCCGAGGAACUUUUGAAGGAAGAGAUAUGCUCUGACGUGACCUGCCCGUACAGAGAACAGCUCGGUCCUCGGCAUGAAAUGUACGGAGGCAUCGGUAUCAUCACCAACAAACACGUGGUGCAAAACGACGAGGACGCCAAAAAGACAACAGUGGAGUUCUUCUACAAUAACGAUGACGAUCGACGGUGGACGGUGCACAAAGAGAAAGGCUUCCAGCUACACACCACGAACCACAAGAUGGACUACACAAUGUUCACCUGCUACACGCACAAAAAAGACUUGCUCACAAUGAUUGCAACUUUCGACAAAAUUCGAAACUACGCAUGGACAAAAGUCCCCCCUCAAAUACGCCUCGUCUCUAAGAACUACGCCAUUAUUAUCUCCCACCCUCAUGGGACUUCCAAGAAAGUGAGCAUCGGAACUGUAGUUGACCGUCAGAAUCGCGUUAAAAGUGAAGAAGAAAUGGAGAACGUUAGAAUAUUGCGGAAUAUCUACAAUAUUUGCGAUGAAAACAACGCGCUUGCCAGGUUUGGCGGGUAUAUGCGACAGCUCCCCGACCUUGACCUGUCUUUCACAAUCACAAGGUACACAACUGCAACAUGCAAGGGCAGUUCUGGGGCACCCGUGUUCAUGGGAAAUGUGGUGAUGGAAAACGGAGUGGAAAUCAACCAAGCCCACACUCACAGAGGUGUUGACAAAAAUGUUGGAUACAACAACUGUUUUACCUGAUCUCAAGUACUAUAUAUAUAUUUUAUAUAUAUAUGUAUAUUUAUAUACAUGUGAUCAACACAAAUUGUACAGCAAUCUUAGUCUUUUUCACCUGAUGAAACAACACUUCUUUGCCAUGUCAUGACAUGCGCACACCAUGUUGCAGCAUUUUUACUUCUCACCAUUUUUUUCUCCCCUGCAUUCCAAAUUUUCCUAUAAUAAUGAUUUUUACAGUGAUUAUAGUUAUAGACUGUUUUAAUAUAUAUAUAGGCAACGAGAAACAUUGUUGAAGCAGAUGAGUGUCCCCAAACUAUUAAAAUUAAAGUAUCAUACAAGGUAGACUACACUCUCGAGAAGCAGCUCCCAUUUUCCCCCUCUUUGACUGGGCAGUGGGGAAAAAUAAGAAAGCAAUAAUCAAGAGUUAAGUUCAACAAGUCAUAGACCUAUUCCCUGAUUUUUAAAAGCAAGGGAAAAUAAGCGUACAUUAGCAUUUUCCUCAUGAAAAAGACAGGUCCAAGCUAUGUUUGUUAAUUUUUGUUUGAGUAAAGCGAAGCACUAUCAACCCAAUAUAAUGUUCAUUUAUUGCUGGGAAGAAGUAAGACAGGCCAAAUUGAACAACAAAGGGAAAGUGAAGAAGUAGGGCCUGCCAGUGGGGCCCACUAAUCACUCGCUUUCAGGGUAUAUAAGCUUGAAUCACCCACCCUUUCAGGGUAUAUAAGCUUGAAUCGCCCACCCUUUCAGGGUAUAUAAGCUUGAAUCACCCACCAACAUGUUCAGAAAAGAAUGAGGAUUUGAUAUUUGAGGAUGCAGUACGGUAAGUAACUUGUAGUAGUACAGGCAAGCGGAUAAAUGGUCGCUCUUAAACACAAGGGGGCUAUCCCGAAAAAUGCUGUUUUGAGAAAAUCGAGGGUUAAGUUUUUGCCCCUA